GCCAAAACGUCCAUCCAUUUCCCUCGCCCACCAGAAGCCGCCAGUGGGAGGCCGAAGCCUCCCCUGACGCCAAGUCGCGCAGGCUUCUGCUCGACGAAAUGGAACAUCGACAGUUUCGUUGCCAGACCACUGGCUGCGGCAGGUCCUUUACGCGGAAGGAGCAUUUGACUCGUCACGAGCGUAGUCAUAACGCAGCAAAUCUUCAGACAUGUCAUGUCUGCCACCGGAAGUUCAAUCGAAGCGACAGCCUCUUACGCCAUCUUGCCAAACAUGGCAACGUAUUUAAGCCGAAUCCUUCUGGAAGAAGCAAGAGGGCAUGCAUCGUGUGCCACGCCAGCAAGACAAAGUGUGACGGAAAUGAGAAGUGUUCAACCUGCCUCAAGAAAGGACUCGAAUGCAAGUAUAGAACUCAAGAUGAGGUUCAGCGGUCGGCCUCGUCUGUAGAGCCGGGAGAUCAGAUGGCCUGGCAAGGAUCGACUUCUUCGGGGUCCUCCGCAAAGGAGCAGGAGCCAUCCGACGCGUCAAAUGCCAACACAGAGGGCCUUAGGAACUCCGCCCGGCUCCCACCAGGAUCUAGUGAGCCUCUAAUGGGAGUAUUAGCCGAUAACAGCACCCAGCAAGCUUUAUCUCUUACGAGCUCUUCUCUUUUUCGGGCACCCAACGUCAACGGCUUAGUUGACUGGUCAGCGGUGAAGAACCGAAAUGACUCGAACGAUCGAAAUGACUCCCAAGUCCUGGACCCGGAGCUCGAGGUCCCGCUAGAUACGGAGUCGGAAAAAUACUUGGAGCUUUAUUACAUUCAUUUCCAUCACAGAUGGCCACUAAUUCAUCGUUCUUCACUUGAAGCGGAGACUCCUGUCACGAUCAUGUUAUCAUCCAUGAUAAUGAUCGGAGCUUGGUUGGAGGGGAGUCGUGAAGCGAAGAAGCGUGCUCUCGAUUCACAUGAGAAGUUGGUCAGCGGGAUCACAUCUCAGUUGUCCAAAGUUACAGCGAAAGACAAAUUUCAACAUUCAUUAUCAGCUUGUUUAUGCCAAUCAGCGCUACUCAACAUCGUCUUCGGUUUAUAUACCGGUCGUGAGGCGGUACUAUCUCGGGUAAUGAUGCUGCGAAAUCUACUUGUAGCGGUUCUUCGAGAUGUUGGAUUCUUCGAUCCGGAUACUGUCUGGGUUGAUGAAAAGCCGGGGAUUUUUCUUCCUUUCAAGCUUGUAAAGAUAAAUCAGAGAAUGAGGUUAUCUGCCUAUCUCUUCAAGAUCGACACGUGUCUCAGCCUAGUCCGCAAUCAACCAGCAGUGUUGAUGCCAGAAGAACUGCACUAUGGUCUUCAACAAACUUAUUCACUCUGGAACGCGGAUGGGCUACCAGUAUGGGAGAGUCGACAAGCAAAUGAGCCUAUAUUUCGGUGUGACAAAUCGCUCCACAGCAUGAUCCACGAAAGCGCCUCGGAUUCGGUAAUAUUCAGGGAAUAUCCAAUAUUGAUUGAGGAUAUUCAAUUUUAUAUCUGCGCAAUACAGCCCAGUAUUUGGAAGGUCUCGGAUCACCGUGAAUACUCCCGCGACUGCGAAAUCAGCAUUGUCCUUCAAAAAGACACUCAACGAAGACACCUCGAGUCCUUAAGGGAAAUACUCGAUCGAAUUGCAAACCAAAACUCUGACAGUGCGGAAUUUGGUCAAGAACAGUGCUUGCCGUUUCGUCAUUAUUUUGGCUAUGAAGACCGAUCUCGGCCAGGAUGGCAGAACGUUGUUACAGCACGUGUCAAAGAUCUCCUUUUUGAUACAUUUAUGCUAUAUAACAUGUUCAGUCUUCAUUUGUACGCCGAGAUUGGCCGAAUCACUAAACUUGCAAAUGAUCAGUCUUUGGAUCCACUUAGAGAAGCUUCUCAGCGACAUUGUGAAGCCAGAGAACAGCGUCAAGCACACAUCAAAAAAUGGGUUGAAACCCCUACAGCGAGGCAAGCACUGUGCCAUGCCGUGGCAAUCCUUCACGCUCACCAAAAUUCGAGCCCAGAUCUCCAGGAGAAUAGGACGAUUAAGAAAUAUACCUUGGAUCCGAUGGCAUACGCAGCCUUGUCUGUGGCUGCACUUGUGGUAUGGGCAUAUUCAACAUUCAACAAGCUUGGCUGUGAAGCUUGCUUCCUUGGAUCACGUAUGCAUCAAUUACAUGUUGUUGAACUCACGGAUUGGACUACAUCAUGUCCCCAGCUAGAAAGGGAGAAAGAAACAUGGCUCGAGAUGGGUGCUGCCUUUCCAGUUCAACUUCAUGGCAUUGAGCUGUGCGAAUGCAAUGCCGACUUGUUGACAAAUCUCUUUACAAUCUAUCUGCCACCUGAUUGGGAAUUAGCGAAUAGAAUUGCGCCUGGCCUUUUUCACCAAAAAGAAAUCGCACAAGCUUCAUGAUAGUGUCGGUCUGGCGAUAGGUCGGUGACCCUGGACAACUCAUCGCUCUCGUCUUUCAACAUCGGAAAUU